AUGGGUGUGGGCGUCAUUUUUGCCGAUAAAGCUGGUAUUAAAUUUGACCAAAUGAACUAUACGGAUCAAAGUGCUGCUAUUGGUCGUCGUGCCAUGAGCGAGGCGGACAAGGCGUGGGAGAGUCUUUCUACUGCCGACAAGGCUCUGACUUGGACUAAGGACCAUAAGUUUAGUGUGGUCAUUGGAAGUUGGUUGGCCUCGAUGGGCGGGUCGUGGUUGUACAUUCAGUCACAACCAUUGACAUUCGCUCAGAAGCUCGUACAGGCGCGUGUAUGGGCACAAGGCCUUACGGUUGCAAGCCUGAUAGGUAUGGCGGCGCUUGUCCAGAUUCCGUCGGCUGGUGACAAACUUAUCUCUGGCAAGGGCACCGAUGACCACUCGUGGGAGAAGAGAUUGCAAGAGGCCCAACAGAGACAAUGA